AUGAAUUUGGUGUUUCCUGAUAGUAGGGGACUCAUUGCAGAAGCUAGAGCGAAGAGGAAUGGGAAUGGGAAUGGGAAUGGGAUGGACUCGAUGCGACCUUUGACGGUGAUGAAUGGGGGUGGAUGUGUUGGUGGUGUUGGUGUUGGUGGCGUUGGUGUUGGUACAACUGCGACUACGGCUUCUGCGAAUCAAGCUGCUGCGUCCUCCCUUUUUCUUGAGUAUCUUGCUUCGAGGGCCCACCAAGCUCUAGAGCCGGAUCAGCCCCGUGUAGAGCCCAUCGGCGGAGGUGGUGGCGGAGGAAGGAGGAGGAGGUGGUGGUGGUGGUGUCCAAUUGCCACCGUCCCCUCCACCAAGUCAUCGCGGUCCUUUCCCCGAUCGCAAUCUCAACCGCAUCUUCAUUCCACUUAUCCUUGUCCUUAUCCUUAUCCGUUUUCACCCCUCAGUGUGACAAGCCCCUCGCCCAACUCGGAUAAUAUGAGCCUUAUCAACAACAACAACAACCGUAACAACUUGUUGAACGUACUUCACGGUACGACAACUCCAAUAACAAAUCCUUCUUCCUCCCUCUUUGCCAACAACGUCAACGUCAACAACGGAGUCCCGUCUACUACCUCUUCUUGCCUUCUUUCCACCGCCACCAACCCUACACCCUCCUCCUCAACAACAACAACACCAACAACAUCACAAGUACCACCACGGGAAUGCCAAUCCAACCAGCUCCAACUCCAGCUCCGCCGACGACGACGACCCACCAAAACGGUCCUUACGCCCGAUGGGAAAUCGAUCGUGAAUCAGGCAGUCAAGGUGGAGGAUGAUGAACGUUUCGUAUGUGGUUGGGAAUCCUGUGGUGGUCAGUUGGCCUGUUGGUAUGCCUCUUCCUUUGUUCGUCCGCAUCCGGAAUUUGGGGCUCAUCCGCCUAUUAUGAACACGGGGAAUAUUGGACCUAUUCAGACGCAGGCGGGUGAUUGGUUCUACGCGGAUGGGAAUUUGGAUGGACUUGGGACGGCGGCUCAGAUGGAGAAAAUUGGAGUGUUGGCGAGCGUGAUUCAUGCCGCCAAGACUCAGGCUGCUGGGUUGGAUUUGGCUGGCGGGCGAUCUGCUGGUGUUCCGUCUGCUGGUGCACGACUUCUGCUAGCGCAAUUAGUUGCGGGAAUUCUGGCGCCUGCUGCCACUGGGCCGCCUGAGAAUAUGGCGCUUCCAUACUAUCAGGCCGCGAGGGCGCAAGCGUCUCUUGGUGGUGUUCCCACUGCUACGGCGCAUGUUGCUGGAACUUCUUCUGGUCCGCAUCUUCCGUCUUCCGUCUUGCCCAGUACCGUCUCCGAUGGCGGAGUAGGGCCUAAUCCUAAGUCCAACAACUAUUUCCUUCAGGAGCUGCUACGAACGUCUCGCUGCUACCUCUCUCAGCCUCAUCUCAAUCUUAUUUCCCCGUAUGUCAUUCCGCCUAUUACUACCACCAUUCCGACGAGCACCGUCUCAUCGUCAUCACCGUUUGCUCUUCACACUCCCCUGCAUCAUCCUUCUCAUCGCUCAGCCCUUCGUCAUCUUCGAACAAUGUCAGUGGUCUGA